AUGAAAGCUCCAGUGGACAAAUUCUUACAGUGGACAUUUCUACCGGGGCUAAGGCUGUGCCCACCUUGGAAUCCACAUAGAGCACUUUUACUAAUUUGUGAUAAUCGCGGAAAUUUUGUUUUGUUUGAUUAUUUGCUUUCUAGAAAAGUCCCAAUUAUGGGAAAACAUCAACGCUCUAUCCGCACCUGUGCUUGGAAUAAACAAGGAACACUGUUCGCCUUGGGCUCUGAUGAUACUCAAAUAACUAUAAAUAAUGCUGAAGGGGAAACGACUAGUACAUUUUCUUGCAAUGGGGAGAUUAUUGAAAUUAAAUUUGCCCAUUUUCGGAAUAUUGGCUCUGAGCGGUCUGAGGACUAUAUCAGCGCCAUAAUUGCCCACAAAAAUUUAAUGAUUGUUCGUCUAUCAGAACCAGAACACCCCACAAAUCUUCAAUUUCAAGAAAGAUAUGGUAAUUUAAUCAGCACUAUCUGGUUCGGAAAUGGCAAUUUAUUGGUUGGAUUUGAUGCUGGUUUUAUUGUUUGCCUUUCUGCGGAACGUUCAAGUGAUUCAAUUUCUCAAGAAUUAUUUUCUAUGCAAGAAUACAAAAAUGGACUUUCGCAUUUAUGCGUUAAUGAGACAAUGUUUAGACUCUUUUCGAUAGGCGAUAAUUUAAUGAAGAGUAGAGAUUUGGGAAACUUAGGGGAAAUAAUAGACAUUGUUGACGUUGAUUCUGAUGGCAGUGGUCUUCUACGAGUUUGUUGUUCCGAAGACGGCUCAAUGACAGCAGUAACUUCCCGUUCUGGCGCCCUUUGUGUUUAUUUAACUCGUCUUCCAAUGGUGGCUUCAGCUUCUCCCAGUUUUAUAGCUGUGUUAGCCUCCCUUUCAGAAAUUUCUAUUUAUCAGGACGGAAAUAUUUCACCUGCACAAAGCUUAAAUAUUAAAGUUGAGCCUUCUAUAAUUGCUGCAGGGUCAAAACACAUUGCAAUUGUACUCAACAACAAAGCCUGGUUUUAUGAAAUACGCCGGAACACAAACAUUUUUCUUUAUGAACAUGACUAUAUUACUACCAUUGUCAAAAUGAAAUUGAGUCGAGAUUUUGUUAUGGCAAGGCUGGAUAAACGUAUUCUCCGUGGAGGAGCAACAACAACAACUCCUUCCAAUGUCAACACCUCAUCAUCCACUACCACAUCCACAAUUUCAAAUGAUAUAUUUUUCCCUGAUUGUAAUGAAAAUUCUGCUCCAGACGAUUCUAUUUUGGAUUCUGAUUUGGCAGAAAAAUUUUUUAUUUAUUCAACCAAAAGCCAUUUAAUUUAUUAUUAUUCUUUGGCAUAUGGACGUUUUGUUUCUGAUUUUAGACAUUCCGUGGCUAUAUGUUCAUUGUUUUGUGAACCUGAUGGAAUUAGAUGUCUUUUUCUAGGUACUUUUGACAUUAGGACAUAUUUUUGA